AUGGAGAGACAAUGUUGUGUCAAAACGAAGAUGGCGGAGUUUGGCGAUACAAACUCCCACGACGGAGUGACGGAAAAUAACCUUCCGAAACGGUGUAACAAUCAGUGGGUGAAAUUGAAUGUCGGUGGGACGUAUUUCUUGACGGCAAAAACGACGCUGGCUAGAGAUCCGAACUCGUUUCUCUAUCGGCUGUGUCAGGAGGACUCGGAUCUCAUCUCGGAUAGGGAUGAAACCGGGGCGUAUUUGAUCGAUCGAGAUCCAACUUAUUUUAGUCCAGUUCUAAAUUACCUGCGUCAUGGUAAGCUAGUUAUCAACAAGGACCUGGCCGAGGAAGGAGUCCUAGAGGAGGCUGAAUUCUACAAUAUUACCGAGCUCAUUAGAUUGGUUAAGGAACGAAUUAUCCUCAGGGACACACGGCCGAUGCGCGACUCUAAGAAGUAUGUAUACAGGGUGUUGCAGUGUCACGAGGAUGAGCUGACGCAGAUGGUUUCUACAAUGUCUGAUGGGUGGAAAUUUGAACAGCUCAUCAACAUCGGAUCCCAAUAUAAUUAUGGAAAUGAGGAUCAGGCGGAGUUCCUGUGCGUCGUUAGUCGCGAGUAUGGAGCUAGCCAGAUCAGCAGCAAGGAACAAGAGGCGACUGAUCGUGUGAAGGUCCUACAGCAGAAGGGCUCACGCAUGUAAAUCUAGUCCUGCUAGACCAACGUUGCAGCAAGAAGACGAAGACUGUGUUUUUCUUUCUUUCUUUUAAUUUUUUUUUUCCUCUGUUUAACUUAGCAGCUCGAUUAAUAAAAUUUGUCUAGUUAUGUACACACGUCUGCAACUAUGUUGUUAGCAUAACUUAACGAAAAUAGAUUGGUAAUCAGUAAUAUGUAACAAAUGAUGAAAGUUUGUGAGAUUAUCACGAUUUCAUUAUUUGUUGCAGAGGCUAAAGAAAAAAUAAAUUCACGUACUACACAUCGCAGGCAUACACCGAAAAACUCUUCAAGUCCAAAAGCGUACCAUUUUUGUUGCAAGUUCUAUCAGAUAAUGGAGACAUUUGUAAAAUUCUGACAAGAAUUCUCAUCAGCUUGAUGUUAUUUCCGUCACGAAUAUGGAUCGCAUGCUCUUGCCAUUUUCGUGAAUUUUGGAUUUCAAGGGUAUUUGUCUCGUGUUGUAUUCCAACGAUUUGUAUGAUAAGUAUAUAUUAUAAAUUUGUUGUUAUUUAAAUAUUAUUAUUAUAUUAAAUAGAACGUGUUGCCUGACGGUUAACAAGAUGGUUCUGUAUAGUAGAUUUUAAAAACGAAAUAUACAUGACCUGUUCACUUGACAGUGGACUAAAUAUAAAAAACAUUAAAUAAACUAAAUGAAUAAAUAAACAAAAAAAAUCUAAAUAAUAGAAGAGCACACUCUCAAAACCAUUGAUAAUUUUCACGACAUUAUGAUAGUAAGAUAAGAAGCAUUAUCUUGUUGUUGAAAGUGCUGGGGAGGACGAAUCGGCUGCAGUGUAGCAGCGCAUCGUUCUCUUGAUUUUUAAAUCCCUUGCACAUCCAACAAUGAAAGAAUUUACUUACGUUUCAACCAUUACUACUAACUUUCAGACAACAUUUACAGACACAACAUGAUAUAAUUUAAAUGAGCUUUCAGACGUUGAAAGUGUCUAGUAUUAAAACGUUCGAAUUUUGUGUUUGCCGUUGGAUAAACUAUAGUCGAUAAACGUUGUUGAUUUUAUUUCUCUAAGUACACACUACACACCGAAUGCAGAAUUUGAUGAAAUGUAUUUGUAUGAUGAACCGUUGAUGGUAUAUCAUUGUGGCAUCUCACAGUUAGUACGUGCAGCUAGGAAUUGCAUGCAUCAAACGGUACUUGAACGAUAAAUUAAUAUUACGUGAUAAUUUUAUGAAAGCCAUGGAGUAGCGAAUUAUUUCGGUACACCUGCAGUCACGUGUUCAUAUUAUAAAUUAUGACCAUUUGUAUGUUCAUGCGAAAUGGUAUCAAAAAGAUUCGUUCAUUAUUUACAUGUACCAGAAAGUAUAUUUUCUGGUUUUGACAUCAAAGCAGAAAAUCUCCUUAGGAAGAUUCUCACGAAACGUACUUCAAAUAUUAAAUAUCUACUACGAAAAAUACUCGAAAUCAAAAUUAUGAGCAGUGAGAAACAGCAAGUAUUGUUAUUCGUAAAUAAUUUGUCUGUAGAUAAGAGAAAUUAUUAUUUUGAACAUCACAGCUAAUCGUAACUAUCAUCUGACGAUCACGUUUCAUGUUAAUUUCCAUAAAAACUUCUAUAAUAAAACGAUUAUUUUCCAUUAGCUCAACUAAUUCUUAUUGUAUAAAGCAUGUUUUUAUUUUCUUCACCUUCAUUUUCAAUUACUCUUAUAAGUUUGUUCUAAUUUUUUGUUAAUUUAUAUCUCAUCUUAGACAAUCUGAACCACUCAUCACUGCACUGCCGCUAUACAAACAUAUUUUACAUUUAUAUAAUGAGUUUUAUCGCAGAAUAAAUUUGUAAUAAAUUAUUACGACCAACUUGAUGAAAAAUUCUUCGUGAGAUGGUAAUACAUGUAAUUUUUAGUAUUAAGUACAAUAACGUAUAGAAUCUGGUACUCAACUAUCUUUGUGGAUGAGAAAAAAAUAUAAAAAUAACAAUAACAAUAAUGUUUAUGGACGAAUAAAUCUGCAAAAAUAUGGUCCGCGGUAUGUCUAUCGUUCAUUGUUAAAACGAUUAAAUAAUAUCCGAUUAUUUUACGCUAAUAUUUUCGUAGUACUUUGACCUGUACUUUUUACAUUGAAUUCACACCACUUUAUUUGCACAUAUUUCAAUAGACAAACACCGAUUAAUUGAUUUAGAAGUAAGCAAUAGUUGCUUGGAACAACUUUAUAUCGACCGGUACCUGUAGUUAUAUUCGUUACUAUUACUAUUAUUAUUAUUAUGAUUAUUAUUAUUACUAUUCAUAUAUUUGUACAAAGCAAUGUAACGAGUGUAAAAAAUUGUUUGAGAAGUAACUAAAGGGGUA